ACUUCAAGCUUAGUAAUAACUAUGCAACGCAUUAGAAAUAUAAUUAAUUAAAUAGGGUUUGAGUUUUGUUUUUAGUGUAUCUGUGGUAAAGUAAUAGAAAGACUGUAGCUUUAAGAUAUAAUGUUUGUUGAUUUUUAAAUGAAGCGGAUAAAAUAAGAUAAUAUUCGUUUAAACACAUAUCUGGUUUGAUUUAGGACAUAGACAGUUAAGUAUUGAUUCCUUUGUUACAACAACUAAUAAAAAAAGAAAAUAGCGCCGUCGAAAAUGUAAUGUAUGUGGUUGUGAUGAAAGUGGUAAUUAUGUUGAUAUCUAAAACAAUUAUUUUAUUCUUUUCUGAUCUAUUCAUUAAAUGAACAAAUUAUACCGAAAUACCAAAUGUAACAAAGAUAUUUCUCUUCAAUAUGGAGCAAUCAACAUGUUAUAUAUUUCAAAAAUAUAUUUAUUUCUUUGUCAAUAUCAUAAGAAAUGGCGUUUUUAGUUUCUAACAUCGUUAAAAAUGUGUUUCUUGUGUUUCUGAUAUUUUCAAUAUUUUAAUAUUCAUAAUCAGUUCGUCAAAUAUUUUCUCAUAUAAUAACUUCUUGUAUGUUUGCAAAAAGAAGCUGAACAUUUCGUUUUGUUUAUAUCAAAGUACUAAGAAAAUGUCACAGUCAAAUUUAUUUAUCUCAUUUCUUAUUUCUGAGACAAAUUGUGUGACCUAAUAUUAUGCAACGAGGUUAUUGUUUCAACUUUAAAGUGAAGGCAUGCAAUUAUUAUGCCGUUUUUUACGGGGAUUUCUACUAAAAUGUCUCGUAAUUAGGGUAAUGUGUUUCGAGUGGAUGAAUGUAUCUGGCGCUUAAGCAAAACAAUCCUUCGGAAGAACAGAACGACCCCAUCAGCAGACAAGAUGUUAUCUUCCGUUCUUAUUGCUUUCAUGCUGUUAAUCAUUAACUGCGGAUCUGUCGUAUCUAAAUGUGAUCUAGGAUGUAAAUGUACCUGGUUCGGUUAUUGUAACGGCUGCAAUGAUGGGUACUUUGUAAAUGAUAAAAAUAUAUGCGAAAAAUGUUCAGCAAAUUGCUUAAUAUGUUCUUCAAAUCGAAUUUGCACUGAAUGUAACGCAGGGUUCUAUUUAAAACCUUAUGGCAACGGUGAAAAGGUCUGCUAUCCUUGUGCCGAAGGAUGCAGUGUGUGUUAUUCUAAAGAAGAAAAGUGUUAUCAGUGUGACACGGGAUAUUUCAGGAACGGUGGGUCGUGUCGAAAAUGCCCGAAAAACUGUACAAAGUGCACAUCAGAAAAUGAAUGUAUUGAAUGUAACGACGGAUACUAUCAAAAUGGAACGUUGUGCUUGGCAUGUCCCAGUGGGUUCUACGGGCUAGAAUCUGCAUGUUUACCUUGUCUCGCGAACUGCGCCUCCUGUGCGGUGUAUUAUGAAUGCACUGAAUGCAAGCUUGGAUAUUUUGGACGUACUUGUACACAAAGGUGCUCUCCUGGAUGCGUAGACAACAUUUGUGAAAAGGAAACGGGAAAAUGCAGUUGUCAAGACAACUUUAUUGGAGAAUCGUGUAAUUCAUGUAGUCCUGGAAAAUUUGGACCGGCUUGUAAUCAAAAUUGCCCUAAACAUUGUUGGACUUGUGAUUCAUACGACAACUGUACUAUGUGUUUUGACGGAUUUUAUGGUAAAAUAUGCGAACAGAAUUGUUCUAGUGGAUGUUCGGAGAGUAGCUGUAACGCGGUUAAUGGUAUCUGCGAUUGUAAGCCUUCGUAUUAUGGGCAUAAAUGUGAAAUGACUUGUCCAAGUGGGUGUUUAGCCGACGUUUGCGACAAGGAAACAGGCACCUGCAAUAAAUGUAAACCUCUUUUUAAACGGCCAAAAUGCGUAAAUUGCAUGGACGGGUAUUGGGGUAAAGACUGCAGAAACGAGUGUCCCGACAGCUGCCGUUCCUGUUUAUCAACUACGGAAUGCACAAAAUGCAAAGAUGGAAAUCACGGAGAAAAAUGUGAAAAGAAAUGCUCUUAUGGAUGCUUAUUAGACAUGUGUGAUCAAGAUACAGGGAUAUGCUCUAAAAGCUGUAAAGCAAACUUCACCGGAACGUACUGCAAGCAAUGCAUACCUGGGAUGUACGGAAGUUAUUGCAACGUAUCAUGUCCUGAGAAUUGUUAUACUGGGACGUGUGAUACACGGGAUGGGACAUGCUUGUUAGGAUGCAUUCCUAAAUUUCAUGGCAGAUAUUGUGAUUUGUCCUGUCCAGGUAGCUGCAAGAAAUGUACCUCAGAACAUUCCUGUCAGUCUUGUGAAGAUCGUUUUUGGGGAGAGCGUUGUCAGAUAAAAUGCUCCACAGGGUGUUCGGAUGGCGUGUGCCGGUCGGAUGGAACAUGCAAUGCAUGUAUUUCAGGUUACUAUGGAGAGCAUUGUAAUAUGCAAUGCCCGGAGAACUGUAUUACCUCCUUGUGCAAUAUAUCAGGUUAUUGCAACGAUUGUCAGCCUGGUUAUUUCGGUAUAUUUUGUUCUGAGCUUUGUCCUCCAGCUUGUAUUUCAGGCAAGUGCUCAAGGGACGGAAGUUGCUAUGCCUGCAUAUCUGGGCUUUACGGGAUCAGGUGUGAUAGAUCUUGCCGCAAGAACUGUCAGACCUGUACAGAUAAUAUGUCGUGUAAGUCAUGUUUCAAUGGUUUUUACGGCCCAUUUUGCCAAGCCAAAUGCAGUUACUGUAAAAGAGGAACAGCUUGUAAUAUUGAUACCGGAUAUUGUGAAGUUUGUGAAGAUGGGCUGUAUGGCAAUAAAUGCAAAUCGGAAUGUCAAACGAAAUGUCAAACCUGUGAUAGUUCUAGUGGUCGAAUAAAUGAAUGUUUAACGUGCAAAAUAGAUAGUUACGGACGAAAUAAAAGCAGUAGGUUUUAUCACUGCAACACUCAGUGCUCUGCAAAUUGUAUGAAUACAACAUGUAAUGCUGACAAUGGGACAUGUGACUACGGCUGCAAACGUGGCUAUUGGGGAAAUCAGUGCCUGUUGGAAUGUCCCGAAAAUUGUCUUCACGGCGACUGUCUCAGCGUUAAUGGAAGUUGUAGGCUAGGGUGCUUAGCCGAUUAUAAUGGAGAUAAAUGCGUAUGUCCAAUUAACUGUAUAUGUUAUCUAAAUGGCACAUGUGCCAAGUGUAAGACUGGUUUUGGAAAUUUGGCUAAAAAUUGCUCUUGUACGUUAGAAAUGUGUAACAGCGCAAAUCAGUGUACAUCAUGCUAUAACUCAAAAUAUUACUUACAAAGUAAUUCAUGCUGUAAAUGUAAUAACAAUUGUAGACAAAAUGAAUGCUCUUCAGAAUUUGAAUGUACAUAUGGGUGUAAGCCUGGAUUUUAUGGCUUCUCGUGUCUUUCUGAAUGUAAAAUACAAGAUGUCAUGUGCACUGACUGCAUAACAACAUAUGAUGGAAAGUAUGGCGGGUGCAUUUCUUGUAUAGAUGGUUAUUUUCCAGACUCGGAUCAUAAUACCAAUACGCGUUGCUCAGAAUGCAAAAAGACAUGUAUUGAUCAGAAAUGUGAUAACAAAAUGGGGUUUUGCCUUAUGGGAUGUGUAAAUGGUACAUGGGGUAAACGAUGCGAGAAACUAUGCUUUAAAAGUUGCUUGGUUUGUGAUAAGCAAACCGGACACUGCAAUCGUUGCGUAAAUCCCGCUAUAUAUGGUCCUCACUGUGAUUUGGUGUGUAAUGGUAACUGCGUAAAGAAGGAAUGCGACUGGUCAACGGGAAUAUGUAGCUUGGGGUGUGAAGUUGGCUACUACGGAAAUAAAUGCCAUAAUUCGUGCAGCUUUGCUUGUCUCAACAGAACAUGCGACAGAGAAACUGGCUCUUGUGUCAAUGGGUGUAUAAAAGACUACGAGGGAGAAUCAUGCUUACAAGAAAGAAGAUAUGGAACUGAUUCUGAUUCGACCAGCCCUGUUGGUACUAUUGUUGUGGUGGUUUCUGUAACUGUCCUCGUCAUCUAUGCAGCCGUUACUACUGUUACAUUGGUCAGAAAACGACAAAAAGAGAAACGGCGACAGGAAGUUACUCUUCGUUUAAGGCAUGCAGUUGAGUAUAACCAAAACAGAGCAGCUUGUAGAAUUAUGGAGGACUCAGGUCAUAUCUACGAAGAGCCAAUUGAACAUAUCUACGAUGAGCCAGCUGAAGACCAGACAACAGAAGGAGAGUCAGCGAAACUCAUACGAGGUCCAGUCAGUCAGGAAGGCAACAAAAAAGGCAGUUACAUGUAUAUUCAUCCGAUUUAUUCUAUUUCCCAAAACACAGCAAUCGAUAACAAAUUAGUGUCGUCUGGUUGUAUUGAUAUAAGCGUAUCUGAAAAUUUUUAUAACUUUAAAGAUAUAAAGAACUUGGAUUUACAAAUAAAGUUGUUAGGAUGCGAUCAAAAAUUUAGGCCACAAACAAUGUCACAUUUGUCCCAUAUCGUUUUCAUGUUGUUAACCAUAAACUGCGGAUCUGUCGUAUCAAUAUGUAUUCCAGGAUGUAAAUGUAGCUGGGCCGGUUAUUGUCGCGGCUGCAGUGAUGGUUAUUAUAUGAAUGAUAAAAAACUAUGCAAAAGCUGUUCAGCAAAUUGCUUAACAUGUUCAUCAAAUCGAAUAUGCACAGAAUGUAACACAGGAUUCUAUUUAAAACCUUUGUACAACGGUGAAAAAUUAUGUUAUCCUUGUGCCAAAAGAUGCCUUGAAUGCUCUUCUACUGAUAUAUGUUCUCAGUGUGUCACGGGAUACUUCUUGAACGGCGAGUCGUGUAGAAAAUGUCCAAAAAACUGUACAUAUUGCAUAUCAGAAAAUGAAUGUAUUGCAUGUAACGACGGUUACCAUCAAAACGGCACAUUGUGCUUGGCCUGUCCAAGUGGGUUCUACCGGCACAAAUCUGUUUGUUUACCUUGUCUCGAUAAUUGUGCUUCAUGUGCGAUACAUUAUGAAUGCACUGAAUGCAAACCUGGAUAUUUUGGACCUACAUGUACACGAAGGUGUUCUUCUGGAUGCAUAGACAAAGUAUGUGAACAAGAAACCGCGAAUUGCAGUUGUCAGGACAACUUUAUGGGAGAAACAUGUGGUUCAUGUACUCCUAGAAAAUUUGGACCGACCUGUAAUCAAGACUGCCCUAAGCGGUGUUGGACUUGUGAUUCAUACGAAAACUGUACUAUGUGUACUGCCGGAUAUUAUGGUGAGCGAUGCGAACACAAUUGCUCUAGUGGAUGUUUGGAGAGUGGCUGUAACCCGUUAAAUGGUAUCUGCAAUCGAUGUUUGCCUUCAUAUUAUGGAAAACGAUGUGAAAUGACUUGUCCAAAUGGGUGUCUAGAUAACGUUUGCGACAGGGAAACGGGCGCCUGCCAUAAUUGUAAACCUCUUUUCAAAUGGCCAAAAUGUGUAAAUUGUAUGAAUGGUUAUUGGGGUAAGGACUGUACAAGUGACUGUCCCAACAGCUGCCGUUCCUGUAUAUCCACUACGGAGUGCACAAAAUGCAAAGAUGGACUUCAUGGAGAAAAAUGUGAAAAGAAAUGCUCUUAUGGAUGCUUACUAGAUAGGUGUGAUCUUGACACGGGGGUAUGCUCUGAAAGCUGUAAAGCAAACUUCACCGGAACGUACUGCAAGCAAUGUAUACCUGGGAUGUAUGGAAGUAAUUGCAGCGUAUCAUGUCCAGAGAAUUGUUAUAAUGGAUCGUGUGAUACACGGGAUGGGACGUGCCUGUUAGAAUGCAUUUCUAAAUUUCAUGGCAGAUAUUGUAAUUUGUCAUGUCCAGACAACUGCAAGAAAUGUACCUCAGAAACUUCAUGCCAAUCUUGUGAAGAUCGUUUUUGCGGAGUGCGUUGUCAGACAAAAUGCCCUAUCGUCUCUUUAAAUGACACGUGCCGUUCGGAUGGAACUUGCUAUGCAUGUAUUCCUGGUUACUAUGGAGAGUAUUGCAAUAGAUCAUGCCCGGAGAACUGUAUAAACUCCUUGUGCAAUAUGUCAGGUUAUUGCAAAUAUUGUAAGGCGGGUUAUUUCGGUAAUUUUUGUUCAGACCUAUGUCAUCAAAAUUGUUUAUCAGGUGAGUGUUUGAGGAAUGGAAGCUGUUAUUUCUGCCCAUCUAGGCUUUACGGGACCACGUGUGACAAGUCUUGCCACAAGAACUGUCAGUCCUGUACAGAUAGUAUGUCGUGCAAGUCAUGUUUCAAUGGUUUCUAUGGUCAAUUUUGCCAAGCCAAAUGCAGUUACUGUAAAAGAGGAACAGGUUGUAAUGUUGAAACUGGAUAUUGUAAAUUUUGUGAAGAUGGAUUUUAUGGCAACAAAUGCAAAUCGAAAUGUAAUACGAAAUGUCAAACUUGUAAUAGUUCUAGUGGUCAAAUGAAUGAAUGUUUAACGUGCAAAGUAGGUAGUUACGGACGAAAUAGAAACAGUGGGUUUUAUCAAUGCAGCACACAGUGCUCUUCAAACUGUAUGAAUACAACAUGUAACGCUGACAAUGGGACAUGUGACUACGGCUGCAAACGCGGCUACUGGGGAGACAAGUGCCUGUUGGAAUGUCCCGAAAACUGUCUUCACAGCGACUGUCACACCGAUAAUGGUACUUGCAGGCAAGGGUGCUUAGCUGGUUUAAAUGGAGAUAAAUGCGAAUGUCCAAUUAACUGUAUUUGUUAUAUAAAUGGCACUUGUACCAAAUGUAAAACUGGUUUUGGAAAAUUGGCUAAAAACGUGGUUAGCUUCUACGGAGAAGAUUGCCUUAAUUCAUGCAGCGAUACUUGUCGCAACAUAACAUGCGACAGGGAGACAGGAUCCUGUGACCAUGGUUGUCUAGAAGAUUUUGAAGGAGCCAUGUGUUCACAGGAAAAAACAAUCGAGAAUACCUCUAGUACAACAAAACAACUUGGGUCUGUAAUACUGCUGGUAUCCGUGGUUAUACUGACCAUCAGUAUAGUUGUGGUAGCUGUUAUACUGCUCAAGAAACGACAAAACCCUAAACGAGAACGUGUAGUCAGUGGGAGGUUUGGAGAUGUUGUGACAUACCGACAAGUUAGAAGUACGUGUGACCGUUCGGAGGACAACUCUUUAGGCAUUGUCUCCGUAAAGAGAAAUAACAAACAGAAACAAAGGCUGUCAGGAAACAAGAAACACAAUGCAGCCUGUCCAGAAAGUUCAGCAUCCAGCGAUGAUACCCAAUCCUCACACUGUCUGUCCAAAAGCACUGCUGAAUAUGCCACAAUCGAGAGGAAACAUCCAGACAUCCAAGGGGGCACAGCAGAAUGUGCUGAAACAUUUGACGAUCACAUAUACUUCAAUGCAGAUGAAGUAAUGAAAAGAAAAAUACCAUUAAAUCAACUUAGAGAGUUUGUACAAAACAAAACUAUAGACAGUUAUGUUGAAGAAUUUAAGGAAUUACCGUCGGGACUUAUUAAGCCGCAUAAAGCUUCGCAGAAGAGAGAGAACAUACUGAAAAACCGUUACAGAGAUAUAUAUCCUUAUGACAGUAAAAGGGUAAUCAUACGGGAAGGUAAUUCUGACUACAUUAAUGCAAGUUACAUAGACGGUUACAUGAAACAAAGAGCAUACAUUGCUUCGAUGGGUAUGCCAUUUGUUUACAUUAUACAUAUUUUUUCGUACUCAAACUGUCUCAACACAUGUGUAAUUACCAUGAAUAUAACUUUCUUUAACCAUAGAUAUUACAACACAGGUAUUUUAAAUAAGAAAAGACGAUACUAUUCCUGUACGAUUUAUGAUCAUAAGACGUGUUAUAUGAAUAUAAUUUCAGGACCGACAAUCAAACAAAUGGGUGCUGAUUUUGAUGUAUUCUGGAACAUGGUCUGGCAGGAGAGAGUUGGCAAAAUUGUUAUGCUGACCAAUCUUAGAGAGUCGGGGAUACAAAAAUGUGACAAAUAUUGGCCUGAUGAAAGAUGUUGUAACAAGUAUGGAAACGUGAAGGUCAUAUGUCAGGUUGAAGAGAUCUAUGCUAAUUAUACUGCCAGGAUCUUCACAAUGGAGAAAACAGAGAAAAGGACGCUAUAUCAGAUGCAUUUUACAGCCUGGCCGGACAAAAGUAGACCAAAACAAAUUUCCAGUUUAACAGACUUCUGGGAGAAAGUAAAAGGCAUAAGCACAACAGAAGAUGGACCUAUGAUUGUUCAUUGCAGUGCAGGGGUUGGCCGAACGGGAACUUAUAUAGCACUGGACAUAUCAGCCAAUGAAGGAAUGUCUGAGGGUCACGUGGAUAUUUUUGCAUGCGUCAGAAACCUGAGGGAAGAACGUGUCUGCUUGGUACAGACAGUGGGCCAAUAUCGAUUCCUCCAUGAGGCUUUGUUACAGAUCCUAUCCCCUGAUAACACCCACGUAUGAUAAACCACACCCGGUUAAGCAAGAAGUGCAAACAUCACAUACCUGUUAUGAAUGAUAAUGGAGCUUUUAACAGCCACCAGCGAUAAAAUUGAAAAUUAUCAUUUCAUAGUGCAGUGUGUUAAAAUGACGGCACGUUCCGACAUCUGCUAAAGUAUGCUAGGCAGACAAACAUUCUUUACCAAAUAAAGACUAAAUGUUUGAGUAACUGCUGUGUGAAUGUAUUUUAUGUUCUUUAAAUUUAAUUAAUUGUUAAUUCGCGAAUCUCCUUGUACAUAAUUUUGCAGAAUUUUAUAAUAAUUACCUAGCAUGAGGCACUAGGACUGAAAUAGAUAGAAAAAAGCUGUUAUUAAUUUACACAGUAUAUGAAAAGAAAGCAAGAAUAAGUACAGACAAUCGUUGCGGAAUUUCAUGCAAUAAGUUAACACAUACACAUUAAUAACUCUGUGACAUUGGUUUGAUAUUGGGAUGAUUAUGUAACCUGUGUAGUCCGGCCAAGUUUGAGAGUGCGCUUAUAUUGCACAAAGUGUAUAUUUCCCGACUACCGUGAAUUGAAUUCGAUGGCAAAUUCUAAAAAGGAGGGGUGGGGGGGGGGUAAAAUAUAAGGAUAUGUUUGUACUGCAAUGUUAUAAAGCUAUCUUUUAAAGUUAUGAGUGUUUGCUUUAGGUAUAAAAGGUCCCGAAUUUAUGUCCAGCCGUGGGUGCACAACUACAUGUAUCAUAAUAAGCUUUAUUGAUAUUUGAUGGAACUGUAAUAAUAACGUAAUUCAUUUGCAUGCACAAUUUUUGUACAAAUUUAAAAGCUGUUAUAACUUUAUGUUUUCAUGAAAUUUCUCGCUAACAUUGCGAGGGUGCAAAGCAAGCACAUGUGAAAUGCAGACAGAUAGACGGUCUUUUUGCUUUAUGCUGUCGAUUUGUUCUUGCCUGUUUUCUCAGGUAUAAAAGUAAGUAAGUAAGUAAGUUAGCAAAUUGUUUGUUUCAUAUUUUUAAGAUGUAUGUAACUGAAAAGAUGAAGAGAUUAUUUACAUAUGAGGAUCAUCCACAUAUCGGCAAUAAAUAUGCUUCAGAGGAAAGGACAAAUAUUGGUAAUUAAUUAAUGUCUAAAGUAUGUCUACUCACCAGUUUCAUAAUAGUUUGCAGUUACAAUGUUUUCAUGUUUGGAAUUUUGUAAUGAUUUUCCUUAUUUGACGUUUUGAAAAAGGAGUUGGAACCAGUUCUUAUGCUACUUAUAAUUAAUUGCCGUCUUCAUUAUAUAUGUUCCUCAGUUUCUGAAUGUACAUGACUUCCAACAAUGAAGUUUCGGUCUUUGUAUUCAUCUCAAAAUCUAAAAAAUGCAAUCAUCACAUAUUUCAAGAACAAUAUUCUUGACGUGUACAUGUAAUUGUUAUCGUUUUUUCAAUUUUAUAUUCCUUCUUCCGCUUUGAAAAAGGAAAUAUGGAAACUGUGCAUUACUCAUUCGAAAUGACGAUUUUUACUAUUUAUUUAUAAUUUAAUUAUAUCUAAAUGUUUCUCUUUAAUAAGAAUAAGAGUUAAAGAAUAAAAAAAACCUGCAUAACCGUCAUUUAAAAACUGCAGAGAAAUUAAAUAACAAGUACCUAUAGGAUUAAAGAUAUUAUAAUUAUUCGAAAGCUCCUGCAAUUUUAGUAUAAAAUCAGGUGAGGCACCGUCUGCAGGCUAUAAAAUUCAGCCAUUGAACGUAAAAGAAAGCCUGAUAUAGUGUACAGUUUAUGUAAGUGUUUCUCUAUAAAACAAAUAAGUGUAGUGAUUUCACUCUAGUUAGAUGCUGGUACAGCACAAUUCUUUAUUCUGUUGUUAAACAGAAACCUUUUAGCGUGUAUGAAACACAUUGCAUUGAUUCUGUGUCUUAUAUUGAACAAACUGACGUUGGAAAUUUCACGAUCAAGAAAAGUACUUUGCUUUAAUGAAAAAGGAAAUAUCAGAACUUGUUUUACUGAUUUUAACAAUAACUAGUUGAUAAAAAGAAAUCCUGCUCUGACAAGAGGUUUUGUGAAUUAUGACGUUCUGCAGAAACUCAGAAUGAGACCCAUUUAGUUAUUGGUUGUAUUAUAAUUUAUAUAACGCAUAGCGCGAAAACCUAUAUAAGACAUUCGGUAAUUAUUCACUGACUUCUCAAAUAUGUCUUCAUAUAGCUUAUGAAUAGUGAAAAUACUGAAUGUUAUCAACCUUUUGGCACGUUUAUGAAUGUUAUAACAUGAAGUGUGAAUUGUUUAGAAUUCUAACACGACCAGCAAGUAACCUACAUACAUAUAGAGCAAAAUCUAUCUCGGGUUAUUCUGCAAUAAACCACUCGCGUGCAAUGACGUCAUCCGAUCCAGGUGCUAGCACGGUCAUGAAAAAUAGUUACCAUUUUUUUCUAACAUUGUUGAUACUAAAAUGUCAUGUUAGAAUCGAUAUAAUAAGUUCCCAAAAGUGAAUAAUCGUAGAAUAACCCGAGAUCUUCGUUCUUAUGCGAAACAAUAUAUCACACAGGCCUACGGCCUUCGUGAUAUAUUCUUAUGUAUAAGAACUCAACCUCGUUCUUAUGCGAAACAAUAUAUCACACAGGCGUACGGCCUUCGUGAUAUAUUCUUACGUAAAAGAACUCAAAACUCGGGUUAUUCUACAAUAAACCGCGUUUGGGAACUUAUUAUUUUUUAAAUAUUUGUAUAACAGCACAAUAAAAUGAUGUAAUACGUGUGCUUGUUCUGGUUAUUACUUACAAUCAGUAAGAAUAUGUUUGUGCUCAGCUGAAUUUGCAUAUUUAAUUAAAGUAAAAAGUAAAACUUCCUUAUCUUCUA